AUGCUCCAUGACAUAGCCUACUAUCGAUCUCUUUACGAAGAUGCUGAAGCAGAGUGUAAGCAUCUAGCAAGAGAGAAACGGCAGCUGAUAAGCUCCUUCAAGGAAACGAAAGGUUUUUCGCAGAAAAUGCAGCAGGAAUUAGAGAAGAAGAACCGCAAGAUAGCCACCCAGAAAGCCCAAUUGACCGCUCAGGACUGGCUUCAGCCAUACCUCGCUUUGGGGAAUCGACAAGGGCCAGCUCCGAAUGCUGGAGCCCUCCACUCAAGCUUCGAGGAGAUGCAAAGUCAAUUUACCUCACUACUCGUCAUUCGCGGGUUUCGGGCGCUUCCGCCGGCCGCCAUCUGGGAAUCAUCUUCAGACACGAGGGAUCUGUUGAAUGGUAUUUUGGGUGUUGCACAGGAGAAGACACUGGAGGCCAUCCCAGAUGUGCCAGUUGGUGCGAUGAUCCAAGCACUGACCGGUGCUGCGGUAUGUCAAUGGGUCUUCCGGAACGAAUUCUACUGCGACGCAAUGGCGAAUACACCGCUCCUGCAGAAGUAUUGUCAUAUUAUCAGCUCAAUCUGCGGGGAAGACGGGCUUGCUAACGUGGACUCCGCAGCGCAUCAGUUGCUCAUUGAGGAAGCCCAUUUCAACGACGUAGUUCUCCCUCGUUUGGCUUCAAGACUUACGGAACGGCUUCUAAACGUACUCCACGUAUUCAUCGAUGAUCUUUCCCGGUCUCGCGCCACCGCUAAAUUGCGACAGUGCCUCUCGGAAGUCUUCAUCAGGGCACUUAAGGUCAGGUCUCUCGUUCUGACUGGUCCUGAAUACGAGGAUACAUGGCCAUCAAUCUCGGACCGCUUUGACGGAAGGACGAUGGAAACAGACCCCGUAGGCGUGGGUAAUAUGAAAUGCCAGGUCAAACUGCCUCUAAUCCCAGGCUUACGUGCUCGUGCGGGCUCGAACCAGGUAGUGGGUUGUCGUGGUUCUGGGGGAUUUGACGUGAAAUUCAAGAGCGAAGCGGUGGUGGUGAAAGCUAUUGUUCUCGUUUAG